AUGGGAGGUCGGAAACGCCGUUCGUUCAGCAGCAACAGAGCAAACGGCGGCCUUCUCCUACUGUUGCCGCGCAGGGACUGCCGGGAAGAGAGGUGGGGGGAAGCACGAGAGGGGCUGGUCUCCAGGCUGUGUGGUGGAAACAAUUAUAUUCAAGCUUCGCCCUUGGUUCUCCUAGGUCACCCCGCCCGCUCUAGAUGGAAAGGUCGACCGCCCCCGCAACCACGCACCCAGCCCCACCCGGUUCCCGGGCCAAAGCGCACCUUCUACCUGUCCUGCCUGGUAACAGUGUCUCCAAAUCUCGCGCGAGACAACCAGAGUCGCGUAGAGCAGGCGAGCUUGUCUGUCUCUGUACUAGCCAUCCUUUUAGAGGGUGAGCCUCAAGUUCCUAAGCCUCCGCUUUACUAUGAUAUGACUAUUUCGGACGGGGUGUUUAAGGCGAAGUGCUACCACCUAGACUCCAGUCUGACUUUUCUAAUAUAUCAAAAUACACUAAAAGUUGGAGUGGAAAUGAAAAAUUUCAGAGUUUCAUGUCUUUAAGAGACAAGAGUAGGACAACAGGGAAUGCCAUGCAUAGAAAAGGCCCGCUGUGGGCGGGCACUAAUUGUGGUUAGUGUAGAUUAUCCCUUCCGAAACCGAGACCAUGCUGAGAAGCCCCAGAGGCCACUGAGCGGCUGGAGGAGGAGUCACUACCUGGCGCUUUGGAACAAGGAAGAUCCCUACGGAGAGAUCUGGCUGACCAACAAACAUGAUAAUGAAUGCGAUUUAAAGAAUACUAAGUGUCAAAAUAACUAUCUUUCUCAUCUUGAAAUGACUUGGAACAACCGAAUCAAUUUUCCUGCAUUGCUUGUGAGGAUCACUAAUAAACCAAAACUGCAAUACUAUGAUAAAAAGAUGAUUGAGCCAUAUCAGCUUUAUGAAAUCUGCCUGGAUGUUCGUGAUCCUGUAGCUAAUAUAAUAAUUGUUCCAGAGAAGCAGUUGAGACCAGAAUGAAGACUGCCAAACCUAAGUCACCAAUUUAUCACAAGAUAAAAGUUGAAUGAUGUUCCAGAAAGCACCAUUUGUGAUUUGGUUAGUCUGUUACCCUUUGUAGGGAAGGUCCAGCAUCCACAAAAAAGAGAAAACCACCAAGACUACUUGUCAUAUCCCUGGAUUCAUGUUGUUGAUAGGACCUCAGAGCAGCUGUUUAUAGUGGAACUGUUUUCUACAUUUCAGCCAGAAAUCUUUGAAACCAUUUGCUCAAUGUCUUCAUUUUAUACCAUGAUAUAUUUGGUGAAUACCCAGUUGAAAGUGAGUAUCCAGUUGAAAGUUGUUAGAAAAGACACUUGAAUGCCUAAACUGCUGUAUUUCACCACCACAAAUGAGAGCCAAGUAUUUGUUAUUAUUCAGAAACUCUUGACAGCUAUAAGUGAAGUAAGAAGAGCGAUUGAAGAAUUACAGUAGAGGGAACAAAAGUGCAUUGCAAUUCAGGGGAUAAUGACUGCUGUAAAGUAUGUCUGCCAUAACUGUCCAUCUGAAAGUGCUUCAGCAACAGAAACACUUUGAAGUGUUGACCAACACUCAACAUCUCAAGCUGCUAAGAUAAAAGUCAUCAGCUGGAAAGACAGUAGUGAAAGGGAUCAAGAUGACAGUCCUGUGAGUUCUCAGUGUUUUCUUACUAUAUAUAAAAGUCCCAGCAAGAAAGGAAAAUUUACUGAAGACCCAUAUUCCAAUCUGAAAAUCACUUGCAUUUUUAUAAGCCAAUUGUACCUGUCUCCUGAGUCUUUAGUACUUCAAGAAAGUUCAUGUGCUAGUACCAUAAAAAUCAUCAAUAACAAGUGGGAGAGUCAGCUGUGAAAAGAGAAAAGAUUCUGUUUAAGAAACCAUUUCAAAUACAGCCAUGUUCAUCCUGAAAGUAUUCCCCAGCAAUUUACUUCGGAGCAUGUGAAGUUUGUUACUCAGCAGUAUAAUUCUCAGCCUGCUGGAUAUGUAACUCCUGAAGGAACCCCAAAACUCAGUGAAUUUAAGAAUUCCUGAAGCCUGGAACAUUUUGAAGUAAUCUUCUUAGUUCUGAACCAGGAGAUCGCCAUUGACAUUGCAUUCCUACCUAUAUAUUGUCCAGAAGAUGUCUGAACAUCCCAGAUACACACAUUGUUUAGGUGCAUGAAUUAUAGAUAUGUGUAUCUACCAGAAGUAGCUGUCAAUGAACAAUUGCCAGACCACAAGGAACUUAAAGGUAACAUUAUAAAAGCAGCAGCUGAAAUGGAUGGAAUCAAUAUCAUUGGUGUCUUGGAUAUUUGUAAUUUGGGUGAUAAUAAUGUGGAAGUCUAUUUGCAAAAAGACUAUACUUUGUUGAAUUCUUUCUAA